UUUCAAUUUAUGGGAACCCUUCUUCCCUCUCGAUUCUUCUCCGCACAACUCCGCCUGCCUCCUUGUCCGAUAAGAUGUACGCCGCGGUCGGCGGCCUCCCGCUUGUUCGCCAGCCCUUCGACGGGCCUUCCCUCUCAGCUGCCGCCCCCAAGACUGUACCUUCGUCCUGCCAGUUGCUACCGCUCCGAAUCAAGGCCCGCUCCUUCUUACGAAUCGCUUGCGUGGCGAAGCCCGCUGCCUCCGGAGGGAGCGGAGUCGAGAAAGAGGAGGCGCCUCGUGAGGAGAAGUUCGGGGAUGUUGACUCUCGCCAAGUCCGGAGGUCUGCUGACUGGAGGGCAGCAAGGGCUUAUAAAGAUAGUGGUGUUCUUUUUGAUGGAAAGAUUGAAGCCUUCAAUAAUGGGGGUCUGAUUAUUCGAUUUUAUUCACUUACUGGAUUUCUUCCAUUCCCUCUUCUGUCUCCAUACCAUUCAUGUAAAGAUCCAUCAAGAGCCAUUCAAGAUGUAGCAAAAGAUCUAGUAGGCUCAACGAUUUAUGUGAAGGUUACUGAAGCAAUUGAAGAGGAAAAGAAGCUCAUCUUUUCUGAGAAGGAUGCAUCUUGGUCAAAGUAUUCUAGUCAAAUAAAGGUUGGUGAUGUUUUUGAUGGAAUGGUGGAUUCCUUUGAAGAUUAUGGUGCAUUUGUUCACCUACGUUUCCCAGAUGGUAAUUAUAAUCUCACUGGACUUGUUCAUGUCACUGAGGUUUCCUGGGACUUGGUUCAAGAUGUGAGAGAUUUUCUAAAUGAAGGUGAUAUGGUGAAAGUCAAAAUAAUACAUAUUGAUAGAGAGAAAUCAAGGAUUAGUCUUUCAAUUAAGCAGCUGGAGGAUGAUCCUCUUAUGGAGACAUUGGACAAAGUAAAUUUUCAAGAUGGUGAACUUGUAUCUGAUAGGCUUAACAUGUCCUUGACCACGAACAUUGAGCCACUUCCUGGACUUGAGAGCAUUUGUAAAGAGCUACUACAGGAGGAUGGCAUAACUGAGGUACGAUUAGGGCGUCAAGGACUGGAGAAGCGCGUUGUCUCACAAGACUUGCAGCUUUGGCUUUCAAAUGCACCAGCAAAAGACAAGCACUUUACACUCCUUGCUAGAGCUGGAAGACAGGUCCAAGAGGUGUAUUUGACAACCACACUGGAUCAAGAUGGCAUAAAGAAGGCCGUACAGCGAGUGCUGGGUAGAGUUCCUUGAGGUUAAGUUGAUACGAAAGUUGGUGCUAUAAUUCACGAUUACUGGGUAUUUGACAAUCCUAUGAAAUAGGUUCAAUGUACACGAACAAAUGGAGGCAUCAGUUAUUUUGCCCUUUUCUUUAAUUUCGAAUCUAUGUGAAUUCAUUCGUCA